UAGCAACCAAAAAGCGAAGCAAGAAGAAACCCUAGGUUGCCAAAAAAAAAAAAGAAGAAACCCUAGAUUCUGCCCUUUUUCCUUUUGGAACCAUGUCGAGGAGAAAGACUAGAGAGCCAAAGGAAGAGACAGUGACUCUUGGACCUGCUGUUCGUGAUGGAGAGCAAGUCUUUGGUGUUGUCCACAUCUUUGCAUCUUUCAACGACACUUUCAUCCACGUGACUGAUUUGUCUGGACGUGAGACACUUGUUCGUAUCACUGGUGGGAUGAAGGUGAAAGCCGACAGAGAUGAGUCCUCACCUUAUGCUGCUAUGCUUGCUGCACAAGAUGUUGCUCAGCGAUGCAAGGAACUUGGAAUCACUGCGAUGCAUGUGAAGCUUCGUGCCACUGGUGGUAACAAGACCAAGACCCCUGGUCCUGGUGCUCAGUCUGCACUCAGAGCCCUUGCGCGUUCUGGCAUGAAAAUUGGUCGCAUUGAGGAUGUGACUCCAAUCCCAACGGACAGUACUCGCCGAAAGAGUGGAAGAAGGGGAAGGAGGCUUUGAGUUCUUUUUAUGGAGUCAUCUCUAUAUUCAGCUCUCUCCAUCUCUUUCUCUAUUUCAUUUUGUCUUCACAGAUUGAAGUUGAGUUUUUGAUUAACUAUAUGCGUUGUUGUAGUCUCAACUCUGAACAUAUUUAUCUUGUUGCUAUUCUCAUAAACAUUGUCUUGGAUUUUGUUUGUGCUAUUUGCCAAGUCUUAGUUGCCAAA